AUGAAGAUCGUUCACAAAUCAAAGAAGCCGGUUCCGCCAGUAGCGGAAUUUAUCAAGAGAACGCUAAAGGCAUCCAAUGAAGAGCUUACCGCCAUUUUAUCUGAAGUCGACGUCUGGAAAUGGCCUCGUUCAGAUCUCAACGCCUGGAUUAAGGUCCUCAACAAGUUUGACGCCGUUUUGGAGGAGAUCAUCGCGGAAUAUGACCUCGACAAACUCCAACUCAAGACUUUCUCGCCCUCCACAAAACGCCUUGUUUCCGAAAUCCUGCGCUUCAAGCGUUUAUUGAUGGAAAAUUCCACGAAUAGGAAGACCUAUAAUUCAUACGACCGAUUGAACAGUCUUUUGUUCACUUCGGAUCUCGACAUCCUUCUCUUGACGCUGAAUCUUCUACUUCGCCCCGCCCAGCAAUAUUCCGCACAACCAGCCGUCUCGCAUGCACUCAGCCUUUCAUCGGGUCGAUUGCAAUCCCUCGCAAAGAAAUGGCCCCAUGUACGAGAAUAUGGCGCAGGCCUGGUGGACCUCGUUUCCCCCAAGGGUGAUGCAGAAGUCGAAAGCUUGCCGGUGGAAGCUCGCGAAGUAAACAUGACCUUCUAUCGAACGGAUGGUGGUGAAAAGACCGACCAAGAACCACAAAGUUCUACUCCUGCCGUUCCUGAAACCCCUCGUAAAGGCGCUGCACCAUUCCCCUCCUCUGAAGCGGUCAAUGUCCAUAUUGACGAGCGAGAAGUCCUGGCCAAGCCCGCUAUGGAGGUUCUCGCCGAUGCAGUUAAGACUUACAAAGUCCCAGACAAAGAGAAGUUUGAGAUUCUCUGUCGAAUCAGAACCGCUGCAGCUUUAGAUAAAGGUCGCCGGGAGGACCGAGAGAAGUUGCUCACCGCCAGACUAUUGGCCAUCGCCAUCUAUUGCCACACACAUGCUGAAAGCCGGGCAUCGUCUACCCUCUUCGUCUACGAGCCGGAUCUCAUCAUCCACAUCGCCGAACUCCUUCAAGUUGACAAUGGUGUCCCUGUCGGUGUCCAGACUGCUGCUAUUGCCGCAUUGGACGCUCUUGCAAGAUACCGUAACAAGCUCCAAGAGGUUCUGACUGCCGUAAACGCAGCUAUCAACCAUGGAAUCCUGAUGGGCCUCUUCCGCAAGACCGUCAAUGACCUCCCCCAUGCAGACUCGACCAUCCCCCAGUCAUUCGUCGACGCUUUGCUGGGCUUCUUAACAUACAUCGUUUCGCAUCAAUCGGGGAGCAGUAUGGUCGUCGGAGCCGGUUUGGUUCCCUUGCUCAUCCAACUCAUUGAAAACAGAAGUCCAACACGAUUGACCACCACUUCGAAGACGAUGCAAUUGUUGGACAAUGUUCUGUACAGUGCCCCGACCGGCUUCCACCUCUUUACUACAGCCCGGGGUCUGGAUACGUUGGUGGAGAGAAUUGAGUACGAAGUCGACUAUGAUAUUCAGACUUAUGGAGACCCGAAGACUGUGUCGUCAGCCGAAGAUGUUGAUAUUCCCAUCGCUCGGAUUGCCGUUUUGAAGCACAUGUUGCGCUCCAUGCACCGAAUGAUGCAGUCGGCGGGAACAGCUGAAGGCCUUCGAAACUUGAUCAAUAUGUCCCUUUUGAAGACCGUUAAGAAGAUCAUUGAAUACAGAGGGCUUUUUGGGCCGACAAUCCUUCCCUUUGCCAUCAAUAUCAUGACCACUUUCGUGCAUAACGAGCCAACAUCGUUGACCAUCAUCCAAGAAGCAGGGCUUCCCGAAGCCUUCUACAACACCAUCGAAGCAGGAAUCGAACCUGCUAUCGAGGUCAUCCAAGCAAUUCCAAACGCUAUCGGGGCCCUGUGUCUGAACGAAGUUGGUCAGGCACAGCUCGCCAAGCGACCGAGUAUCAUCCCUGCUGUCUUCUCUCUGUUCACCUCCGAACGCCACCUCAAGGUUCUGAAUGACAAGGAGAACGCUGUUCUCAUUGGUACCGCCAUUGACGAGUUGAUUCGACACCAUCCUAGCCUCAAGGCACCGGUCUUCUCUGCGCUCAAAUCUGCGCUAAGUCGCAUCGAAGAACUUGGGUUGGAAUAUGUCGUUCCCUCGAACCUCACGCAGUGGUACCAACUGCGACCAGUACCAUCUGAAAGCGCAUCUACUGGCGAUGCAGCAAUGGACAUCGAUGAACCAACGGAGACCAAAGAGUCAAGCCCAGAAGCGACAGAGGACGACACUGUUGCGGAGGACGAGAACUCCAAAUCUCAUGAUAGUAUCAUCGUGUCCUACCUCGAUGUUAUUGGGAGGUUUUUGGAAGGUCUAUUCCAACACACGCCCCACUGCAGGGACUUCAUUUCGAUCACUGAUGGCCUCAACCGACUUGGAAGGAUGACGAGUUUACCCUGUUUGCCCUAUGACUUCGCAAACAGUGUCGCUUCAGAUUCUAUGGUCCAGGUCAUGAGGACUUUGGCUGAGGUUGCAACGAACGACACGAUCCAACACCUGUCCAAGCUCGUCAAGGAAUCGCUUGAUGAGACGGCUGAUUUCUGGAAAACACCGUCCCACGAAUCCAAGCUUAUUUCUCUGAUUGACCUUGCCGACAAAGAUACUGCAGCCGCCAAUGCUAAAUUCCGAAGUCUCGUCACCUUGCAUAUUCGAAUCACCCUCCUUUCCGAUGUUUUCUCAACGACUGGUUACGCCCACGGCCGCGCAGCAAUUGGCCUUCUCCAAACGCUCAUGAACAACACAUCACCGGAUGUCAUCGCAGACUUGGGCACCCUUCACCGUGCCAGCAUCUGGGAGAACAUUGUUUUCAACGCCGGUCUUGCUGCCAAGAAUAUCGAUUUAGCUUCAGCGCCUGGGGGGACACAGCUUGAAGGAGGUCCCGAGCCGCUGGAUCUUGACACAUUGGACCCGGAGGAUACGGCCCCACCUGCUCCGGCCAGCACAACCAACGGCGUUCAACAACUUGAGCAGCCGGCCGCAGCUGCCACCACUACCACGUCUUCUUCAAGCUCCCCUACCCCACAGCCUGAGCCUCGCGUUGCGAAUGCUGCCGCCAUCAAGCACAUCACACACGGACUCCCUAAUAUCCUCGCUCCUUUCUUCCAAGCCAUGGUCAAGACAUUUCACGCGAGAAGGAAUCCCGACAGUGCCCAGAGGAAACAAAUUCAAGAAUCCUCAAAGAUUGUUGCAGACAUCAUGCUCAAGCACCUCCAAUAUGACGUUGGAACCGACAGGACUUCUUCAUUUGCCUACUACACGGUUGUCCUCGGCCUUUUCUCCCUUCUGUUGAUUGAAGAGCGUCCAACCUCCACGAUUCUUCACACCAUCCAACUUUAUGCCUUCUAUCGCAUCGAUGGAUUGGAUGCCCUUUUCUCCACCACAAAGCUUUUCACUGACAGAAUUGCGGAAAUCACGAACAAGCCCGAAGACUUCCGUGACGAUCAAGACAAGAAGGAAUUGGUCCAAGCUUACGGUGGUUUGAAGGUCGUUCUCCAUCUGCUCCAACCCACAAUCACUGCGAAAUAUGUCGUGGAAUCCGGUCAAUCCCAUCUCAUCGUCACCAGGGAUAAGAAGGAUACAGACCCCGACUACUUCGAGCCCCAUCACUUCCUUGUCAAGCUCAGAGUCGCCGCUCUCCCGCUCCUAACUUCACUUUGGCAAUCAGGGUGGCUCCUUCAGGCUCCUGUCGCCGUCACACGAGCAGUCGUCCGUGCCUUAUUGGAGGUGAUGAAAGGCGAAGGCGAGGAGUCUAAAGGGGACACUCCUAUCAUCGAUGCAGAGCGUGCUCUGAUCCGCGCCGGAAACAAUGUCAAUGCAGCCACCGAACUCCUCAUCUCUCACCCAUUCCCAUUACCCCCAGAUCCGGAACCCGAGCCUGCUACACCUGCUGCGGAAGGAUCAGGAGAAGCUUCUGGUAGUCAGGGGACUCCCGCUGAGGGACAAGCAGCAGAGACAACGUCGACAGAAGCUCCUGCAGAGGAUACAGACACCAUGGCAGCCGAGCCUACGGAACCUGCUCCAAGCAACAACGCUCGGCAAGAACCAACUGGGGAAUCGGUGGCUGAGGAGCAGCCUUCUGCGGAACAUAGACCACCAACCCGAACCACGGAGGAAUGGCGAACGAUUUUGAACCAGGGCCGCGACGCCCUUGGUUCGAGUCUCAGUCGACACGGUCUCACUCUCAUCGAUGAACAUCAACAACUGCUUUUCGACCUCUACCCAGCUUUCACCAAGGCCAGUCCAAGGCAGAAAGAGGCUAUCCAACAACUCGUCGAGGAUGUCAAGGAUUUUUCGCCACACGCCUACGACGUCCAAGAGCAACCAAUGGCGAAUCGGUGCCGCUUGCUUGCAUUGAUCCUCACCGAUUCACCUUCCGCGUUCGAUGACGAUCUCCGAAACACAUUGAUGGACAACCUAUUGGCACUCCUUUCGAGCAUCGCUGUGGAAAACCCACCCAAGUGGCUUGCGGGGCACCUGCUUGUCAUCGAGUCCCUUUUCAUCCUCUCCGACGAGCCUCGCGCUAUCUCUAUUCCCAGGGAAGGUGAACCCAUCGAGCCACAACCCAUCGCUGUGGGCCCAUGUCGCCAGGCGGCCAAGCAAGUAGUAUUCAAGCUGUGUUUACGGCUCCUCACCCUUGAAGAGCUCCAGUCAGACGAACUGCUAUCUGUCCUUCGACUACUUGUCCUGUUCACUCGGAACAGGGAGAUGGCAGAUUCCCUCCUCCAGGCUGAUGCUCUCGCACAGAUGUUCAAGCGCCUCAAAUCUUCACCUGUCAGCGGCGGCUCUUCGUACAUUGCAACCAUCCUUCGCCACCUCGUGGAGGAUUCGUCCACUGUUAAGAACAUCAUGCAACAGAACAUCAAGCGGUACUUCUCGCAUCCUCGCACUCGCGUCGUUGAAGCCGGCACAUACGUCAAGAAUUGCAGUUCCAUGGCCCUUCGUGAUCCCGAACUUUUCAUCGAAGCAACAAAGUCUCUGUGCCAGCUCAACCAACCGUAUGCUAUUGCCAACCACAUAACACUACAGCCAGACAGAGACUCCUCAAAGGCAGCUAAGGAAGGUGAAGGAUCCGAGAUGCAAGUCGACAACGUCGCUUCUCCCCCAACACCGGCCAUCGCACCAGCCUCCAUUCACGUCGCGGAAUCAACUGUUCACCUCUUGAUCACCGAGCUCAUUUCGUGUGUAAAGGACCUUAACGAGACACCUCACCCAGUCGAAAAACCUACAGCUGCUCCGACCUCGUCAGACGCAGCGGGUUUGUCCCCAACUGAUGCCCCCAUGCAGGCAGCGUCAACAACACAGAGCAGCACCGAGAAGAAAUCUCCCAGUCAAGAAGAAAUCCAAGACAAAUACCAAUAUGUGUUCUUCGUCAUGCAAUGUCUUUCCGAGUUACUGCUGUCCUACGACUCUUGCAAGCUCGCAUUCCUCUCAUACUCUCCCAAGAAGAAGCUCCAAACGCCAGCAAAAGAACCAGGCAAUCGAUUCCGUUCGGGAACUCUCCAUUUCAUUCUCAAUGAACUCUUGACGUUUGGGACCAUCAAUUUACAGCAAGCUGACAACAAGCUUCGCAACAAGAUCAUGCUCUGCAGUUGGGCGACGAAUAUGAUGAUUGCUCUCUGUGCUGACACCGCCGCGCCGAAUCCCAGCAAGGAUGUCUCAGCGGACCUCGCGUCUGUCAGGAAGUACGUCCUCGAAGCGCUUGGUCGUGCAAUCAAAGACCUUCCUUCCGAUGACAACCUGAACUCGAAAUACGGCCGCCUUCUGGCACUUUCUGAUUUGUGCAACCGCCUCCUCACCGUCCGCUUCGACAACAUGCCUCCACAGCGAAAACCGGCAGAAACGUUGACGCACAUUGCCAAGGUCAUGCUCGAGAAGAACUUCGUCGCGACGCUGACUGCAUCUCUGUCGGACGUUGACCUGAACUACCCUCAUGUGCGAUCGUUGGUGACAGCUAUCUUGAAGCCCCUGCAGUACCUGACCAAAGUUGCGAUCAAGAUGAGUCACUCAGGCAAAAGGCACGAUAAGGACGACGACAGUGUCAUGGCGUCGUCGAGCUCUGACGAAGAAGAAGGCUUCGAGGAGCCUCGCGAGGAGACACCGGACCUCUAUCGCAACUCGUCACUGGGGAUGUACACCGGGGAGAUGGAUGACGGUCGAUAUCCACAAGACGAAGAAAUGGACGAGGAUGCGGUCGACACUGACGAAGACGUAGACAUGGAAUUUGGAGAUGAAACCGGUAGUGAAGACACGUCCAACACCGAUGACGACGACGAUGAAGACGAGGGAGACGAGGAGGAGGAGGAUGAAGAGGACGAGGACGACGAAAUGGAGGACGAAGAACAGACUUCCGAAUGGGAAGAGGUCGAGGAUGAUGAUGAAGCUUUAGUUGAAAACGAGGGCGAAGGGGAAGAGGACGUCGGUGAUGCAUCUAUUGUGGAUGAGGAGGAAGAAAUCGUCGAUGAUGAUGACGAGGAACCGGAAGGCGAACUUGCUUGGGAGGAUGCCGGUGAAGAUAGACAAGGGCUUGAAGCUAUCGGAGACGAGUUCGAUGAGGAGGAGGAGACGGGUGUUCCCGUGCAGAUAAUCCAUGAAGAAGACGAAGGCGACAUGGAGUCCGACGAAGGCCCUCUCCUUGAUAACGGCUUCUUCAAUAUGAUUCCUAAUUUUGAGCAGCUCAUGAAUGCCGGGCAUGCAGGCGGAUUCAUCGUACAAAGGCGACAUCGCGGCAAUCUUGAUGAACACGUACACCUCUUCGGAAGACCGCGAAACGGUCCCAGUUCCAGUCCCGAGGCCAUUGUUCACCCGUUGUUGCUCAACACCUCUUCGCAUACUCGCUCCCUGCCCGGCCAGAGCCGAAGCUCCAGACAAGCCCAACGCAUCAUCGCUGCUGGGACUGGUGCCGCAGAUCUUCUCCAAACCUUGGAUGGCAUGAUAGGACCGGGAGGAUUCCAACUUGUUCAGCAAGUCAUGGCUCCUGGAAGUCGGGGAUGGCAAGAGGCAUUCCGAUUGGACGUCCCUGGCUUCAUGAACCUGGAUCGAGGUGGUAUGCCUCCUCGCCGCCACGGUAUUUUCUCAACUGCGAUCCGAGUAGAGCGUGCUCCACCACCGUCUGGCCACCGACAUGGCAGGGAAUUUGAGCCCUUGGUAACCAUUCAACGAUGGACAGAAGAAGCGAAGAUUUUGCACGGUGAAUUCGUUGCAGAGCGCGUCGCGAAAUUGGUGAAUCAUGUUAUUUUAACACUUUUGCCCGAAGCUAUUGAGGCAGCCAAAAAGGCGAAGUUGCUCAAGGAGGAGGAGGCCGCUCGUCUCGGGAAGGAAAAGGAAGAAAAGGCGAAGGCUGAAGAAGCAGCGAAAAAGGCUGAAGAAGAAAGUGCACAAAAGGAGGCGGCAAUGGAAGCUGAGCCGACUCGAACGCCCGACCCCUCGCCUUCGAUCCACGCAGACGCCCCCGCUCCCUCGGCGGAGGCGACAGCCCAGGCAACAACGGAGGCACCAUCCGAGUCUACCCAAGACCGACCUGCUGCAGAUCAGCCCAUGUCCGAAGAGCCGAGAACGGAUGGAGAUACCGAGAUGGUGGAUGUCCAGACUUCCGAACCCGCUCCAGAGCCUUCGGCCGCUGGUACAAGCACGGAAACAACCCAGCCUGCAGAACCCGCGGCAAGCACGUCAGCCCCUGUACAGCGCGUCACAGUCAUGAUCCAUGGGAACCCGGUCGAUAUUACGGACACUGGUAUCGACCCCGAUUUCUUGGAGGCACUCCCUGAUGACAUGCGGGAAGAAGUUCUGAACCAGCAUGUCCGCGACCAACGUGCAGCUCAAGUCGAACGUCCCGCCGAUUCGCAAAUCAGCAACGAAUUCUUGGAUGCACUUCCUCCGGAGAUCAGAGCGGAAAUUCUGCAGCAAGAGGCUAUCGAGCGAGCCCGUCGGCAAGCUGAAGAGGCCGCCCCUUCUCGAGGGCCCACAGAAAUUGAUCCCGCCAGUUUCAUCGCGAGUCUGGAUCCCACCCUGCGGCAAGCAGUGCUUAUGGAACAAGAUGAUGGCUUCCUUGCUACGCUCCCCUCACAUAUGAUUGCAGAGGCUGAAGCGUACCGUGACGAUCUCAGGCCAAGGCGUCGUUUGCAUCGCGCAGCACCUCCUCGCUCAGGCCCUCCAGGAGCACAGGCUCAGCAGUCAAAACCGAAGGCGCAGCACGACGCCAUCCAAUUGUUGGACAAGGGCGGAGUCGCGGUCCUUGUCCGCCUUCUCUUCUUCCCCAAGGCUCUCAGAAAAUCCUUCUUGUUCAGGAUAUUCGUUAACCUUUGCCAGAACUCAAAGACGAGGACGGAGCUCUUCAACUUCCUGUUGAGCAUCCUGCAAGAUGGCACUGGUGACCUCGCCGCUGUCGACAAAAGCUUCGCCCAGAUGUCCGUCCGUAGCUCGAAGCCACAGACUCCAAAAUCAGUCUCUAAGCAAAAACCUAGUCCUGAUUAUCUCGCGGCCCUCUCACUUCCAGCAUCCCAAAUAGAAGCCUUCCCCGACCUCGUUGCCAAGAAGUGCCUCGACGCUCUUACCUACAUUGUCACCGCUAACCCACAUGCAUCUUUGUUCUUCCUUACUGAACACGAACUACCCGCCGGUCUCAGGAAAGCGCCGAGUAAAAAGGGCAAGGGCAAAGAGAAGCAGGCUCCUCAAUCGCAUUAUCCCAUCGUCCUCCUCCUUGGACUUCUUGACCGGAAAGCUCUUCUCCGAACUCCUGCAAUCAUGGACUCCGUUGUCAAUCUCCUGGCUUCUGUGACCAAACCCCUUACUGAACUCAAGGAUCGCUCCGAGAGUGCAGAUGCCUCUGCCCCGAAGGAUGCUCAGGUUGAGGUAGCACCCGCAACUCAACAGGACUCUUCCCCGACGCAACCAACUGAGACUUCCGCUCCGUCGUCCACAACCGCGCCCUCAUCCACGCCAGCUGCAACCUCAGAAGGCCCUCGUCCAGAAACGUCAACGGCUCAACAACAGUCGACUGCUGAACCUAAGAUUGAGACUGUUGAAGAGAAGGUUCUCCUUGCCAACCCCCCUCAGAUUCCCCACGCAGUGCUGCGUCUAAUCGUCAACAUCCUCACCGUUGGCGAAUGUCCAGCCAAGACGUUCCAGCAAAGCAUGAACCUGAUCCAACACCUGUCCUACAUCUCCGAUGCCCGUGAUGUUAUUGCCCAGGAGCUGCGGACGAAAGCUCAAGAAUUCGGUCGUGUCCUCAUUGCUGAUCUUGAGCAGUUGAUGCAAACUCUCCAGUCUGAGAACACCGACGCAAUGACAAGCUGCAUCUCGACGAAGUUCUCCCCGGCGUCAUCAACACAGGCCAAACUUCUCCGCGUCCUCAAGACCAUCGAACACAUGUACUCGCCUAAAUCGUCGUCCGCCACCGACGAGAAGAAACGAGAACAAGAUAUCGAGAAGGUUCAGAACAUUUACGAAUCGUUCAACUUCUCGGGUUUGUGGAGGAAGCUCGGAGACUGCUUAGGGCUUGUGGGUGCCAAGCCAGAGACUGAACACAUUGCCACUGUCCUCCUCCCACUCAUCGAAUCACUCAUGGUCGUCUGUCAGCACGUUGGUACCAAGGCAGGGCAGUCCACUACAACCACUCGUGCAGCCCGAGGUUCGAUGUCACCGAGAGCGCCGACAUCAGCAAGGGAGGCCAUGGAAGAGUUAUUCAUCUCCUUCACUGACAACCACCGCAAACUUCUCAAUCUCAUGGUUCGCAAUAACCCGAGCCUAAUGAGCGGAUCGUUCUCGCUCCUGGUUAAUAAUCCUCGCGUUCUCGACUUCGAUAACAAGAGGAACUACUUCAACCAGCAACUCCACAAGCGGCCAUCUGACGGACGGGAGCAUCGACAUACCUUGCAACUCAACGUUCGCCGUGCACGAGUCUUCGAGGAUAGCUUCCAGCAUCUCCAGAGGAAAACGGGCGACCAGAUCAAGUACGGUAAACUCAACGUGCGGUUCUACGACGAGGAAGGUGUGGAUGCUGGUGGCGUCACGCGAGAGUGGUUCCAAAUCCUCGCCAGGCAAAUGUUCGACCCCAAUAACGCAUUGUUCCAACCUUGCGCUGCCGACAAGCAAACCUAUCAACCUAACAAGAACUCUUGGGUUAACCCAGAGCACUUGUCGUUCUUCAAGUUCGUCGGACGGGUUAUUGGCAAGGCUAUCUUCGAUGGUCGGCUCUUGGAUGCUUACUUUGCCAGGAGUUUGUAUCGUCAGCUGCUGGGCAAGCCUGUGGACUACAAGGAUGUGGAAUGGGUCGAUCCCGAAUAUUACAAGUCGCUGUGCUGGAUCUUGGAAAACGAUCCUACUGUUCUUGAUCUGACGUUUAGCGUGGAGGCCGAUGAGUUCGGCGUCAACCGCGUCAUUCCUUUGAAGGAGGGAGGGGAUCAAAUCCCUGUCACUCAGGAGAACAAGCGCGAAUUCGUUCAACUAUCCGCUCAAUAUCGACUUUACUCCUCCAUCAAGGAGCAAAUCGAGAACUUGUCGGCAGGGUUCUAUGAAAUUGUCCCGAAGGACCUCAUCACCAUCUUCAAUGAACAAGAGCUCGAGCUGCUCAUCUCCGGUACUCCUGACAUCGAUGUGGAUGAAUGGCGCGCUGCGACCGACUAUGUUGGCUACACUAGCUCCGACCCUAACAUUGUUUGGUGGUGGAGAGCGCUCAAGUCCUUCAACCGAGAUGAGAGGGCCAAGGUCCUUAGUUUCGCGACAGGUACUUCAAGGGUGCCAUUGAACGGUUUUACGGAUCUGCAAGGCGUCCAGGGUGUCCAACGCUUCUCAAUACAUCGUGCUUAUGGCGAGAAUGACCGUCUCCCUCAGGCUCAUACCUGCUUCAACCAGAUCGACCUUCCACAGUAUUCGUCGUAUGAGAUGUUGCGGCAGCAAUUGCUGCUUGCCAUCAAUGAGGGAGGGGAGGGCUUCGCAUUCAGUUAA